CACAGUAGAUACGGCAAUAAAAAUGUCGUUCGAAAAAAAUGUGCUAAAACUAUCCAAACUUGCUGAUCGUCUGUUAAAAGGCACACUGAAAGUACAAUAUUUCGAUUGGUAUUAUUCGAAAUUUAAAUACAGCAGCUUAAUAAUAACAUUUAUUCCGUUCGUGACAUUUAUGAUUGGUAUUUUUAAUCAUCUAGUGAAACAUUUAAGAACCCAUGCGUUUAUUUACGCUGAUAAUGCUCCUGAUUUUUCGGGCCUUGUAUCUGGUGUGUCAGCUGCAUAUUUAACAUAUGCACACUAUAAGCAAAGAGAAGAAGCAAAAGAACUUAUUAAAACAUUCUCUGAUUUCCGGCUCGUUGAAAAACCAAAUACUUUUGAUAUCACAAACAAAAAAGUGAGCUUCGGUGGAGUACUUUUUGUUUCAGGAUAUUACCUAAUGGCCGUUUUCGUAUAUAUCGGAUUUGCUUCAAUUAGUUGCCCAGAUGGAAUCGAGGAAGGAUGUGGAUUAUUGAUGCCAAUUUAUUAUCCUUUUCUCAACUUAAAAAAGCGCGGAAUUCGAUAUGCAAUCUUAUUAAUGCAAGUUUCUGGCGGUUUCUGCAUGGCAAUCGAUACGUUUCUGAUAACUUGGAUUUACAAUUCACAAGCUGAGUUAUUAUGCGCAUUCAUUAAUCACUUAAAAGAUAUGUUAAUGCAAAUACAACAGAUUCCAAAUCCAAUAGAUCGAAGGCGUCAGUUUCGUGAGUGUGUGAAAUAUCAUCAUCAUUUAAUAGACCUUGCAGGUCAACUCAUGCCGCUUGCUGGAAAUACUCUCGUUAUACAUGUGGUAAACUCUCCAAUUGUAAUGAGUAUGAUUGCUUUUCAGCUUAAGAUUGAAAUGUCAAUUAUUUUUGGUGCUCAUUUCUUUAUGUGGUUUUAUGGAACUGGUAUCACUUGUAUCUUUGGACAACGACUAAUAAACACUAGUGAAUCACUAAUUGUUACAGUGUACUUGUCUAUUCCUUGGGAUGGAGAUUAUGAAUUGGGGAGAGACAUGUUGCUCAUGCUGUUAAGAUCACAACGUACUUUUAAGAUGACUGGUGGAUCCCUAAUUUCGGUUGACCACAUUCUGUUUGUCACAAUUCUGAAAACGGCAUAUUCGUAUAUGGCCUUGUUUAGUGGAGAAUAAAUCUCAAUCGUUACAACGACUUGUUGCACUAAUUCCACCUGUAAAAUUAUUAACAGCAAUAAAAUGCAUGUAAUGCAAUGGCAUUCCAAA